GGGUCUUCGGGAGUUGAUGGUCGGGUUCUGAGUGGACUGGACCUUGAUGGGGUGGAGACCGCUGCCCAAAUGUUAGCGCGCUCCUUUCCUGGGAGCAUGAGGCAUCGUACCCUAAUCUCCAGCCCGGCCCUCUGGGCCUCUAUCCAGUGUCCACGCUCUGAGCUGCGUCUGGACCUGGUUUUAGCCUCUGGACAGUCCUUCCGGUGGAGAGAACAAAGCCCUGCACACUGGAGUGGCGUGCUGGCAGACCAAGUAUGGACACUGACGCAGACUGAGGAGCAGCUCUAUUGCACUGUGUAUCGAGGAGACAAGGGCCCGGUUGGCAAACCCACACUAGAGGAGCUAGAGACCUUACGCAAGUACUUUCAGUUGGAGGUCAGCCUGGCACAACUAUAUAGCCAUUGGGCUUCUGUGGACUCCCACUUCCAAGAGGUGGCUCAGAAAUUCCAAGGUGUGCGACUGCUACAACAAGACCCCAUAGAAUGCCUCUUCUCCUUCAUCUGUUCCUCCAACAACAAUAUUGCCCGCAUCACCAGCAUGGUGGACCGGCUGUGCCAGGCCUUUGGACCCCAGCUCAUCCAACUUGAUGAUGUCAUUUACCAUGGCUUCCCCAGCCUGCAGGCCCUGGCUGGGCCAGAGGUGGAGGCUCACCUCAGAAAGCUGGGACUGGGGUACCGUGCCCGCUAUGUGUGUGCCAGUGCCCGAGCCAUUCUGGAAGAGAAAGGUGGGUUGGCUUGGUUGCAGAAGCUUCGAGAAGGUCCUUAUGAGGAGGCCCAUAAGGCCCUCUGUACCCUGCCUGGGGUGGGCACUAAGGUGGCUGACUGCAUCUGCCUAAUGGCCCUGGACAAACCCCAGGCUGUGCCUGUGGAUGUCCAUGUGUGGCAGAUUGCCCGACGUGACUACAGCUGGCAACCUACCAAGUCUCAGGCUAAGAGCCCAAGCCCCCAGGCCAACAAGGAACUGGGAAACUUUUUCAGAAACCUGUGGGGACCUUAUGCUGGCUGGGCACAAGCAGUGCUGUUCAGUGCUGACCUGCACCACCCACGGGCUCCAGAACCACCAGCAAAGCACAGAAAGGGGUCUAAAAUGCCAGAAGGCUAAGUGGGGUGUUCAAGACAAAGGAAUUUCCCAGCACCUUUCUAUUUCCUUCCUUCCCUUCCCCAUCCCCUCCGAGUCUCACAUCUGGGAGGACUCCAUGCAACUACCUUAGAGGCCAGGACCCCCAAAAUGAAGCAAGUCACAAAGCAAGGGGGGAAUGGGGACAGUUUGAAGAGAGCUGUAUAUGGUUUUAUCUUCUUCCCUUUAUUACAAGAAGGAACAAUAAAAUAGAAACAUUUGUAUGGAAAA